AUGGCAGCGGUAGACGUGGAUGUCGUAGAGAGUGCUUUGAGAGAUGUGAAUUUAUCUAGUGGUAGAGAAACUGUUUUAAAACCAGAGCAAGAAUCAGCAGUAAGGGCUCUUUUAGCCGACAGAGAUGUUCUGGCGGUUUUGCGGACCGGAUACGGCAAGAGUUUAAUUUACCAAAUGUUUGUACGCGCGAAGAACUACGAGCUAAAUGGUAAUGCGGCGAUUCUCGUCAUUUCGCCACUGAAAAGUAUUAUCGAAGACCAGUUGCAGGAGAUGGAAUUGUUGGGCUUAUAGAGCUUAUUUAAGGGAUUAGGCGCCCGUCCAGCGAAAGAUUUAGCCAAUUUAUCGAACGAUGACAUUCGCCGAUGUAACUUAGCAAUAAAAGAGGGUGGUUUUACCUCAUGCCAAAAUGCUGCUUAUAUCCAAUAA